AUGUCGCUGCCUGGGCCCCGGAACCCCCAAGCCAAGCCAGCUCCCGUCUCUGGAUCUGACCUUCUCUGCAGCAUGCGCGACCACACUUUUGUGGAAUUUGUGGACUUUCCCCUCUCGCCUAGAAAACCGCUGCAUUGCAGCGCACUCAGCUCUCUCAGCCGAGUUUCCCGCUCGGCAUCCAGGACGAGCAGAACUCGCCUGCCUUACCUGCGCCGCGGAGCACUUCGCGAACUCAACCUCGUGAUGGCGAGAAAGAGAGAACUACACAAGGAAAAUGAGCCCACCAUGACCUCCCCAUCAAGAUCCUCCUCACCCAGCAGCACCCUCUCCCGCACCGAAUCCCUCACCCUCCUCUCACUAACCGGCGCCUGCCUCACCAUCCUAACCAACGCCUUCCUCUACGAAGACGAUGACACCAGCAAACCGCUCAUCGUCUCGCUCGCCCUCAGCGGCCUCGCCUUCAGCGCGACGUAUGCUUUGAUCCGCUGGUUAGGGCCGACGUUUAUGCGCGUUGGGUUUAAGGGGGUGGAUAUGGCCAAGGUGAAUAGGAGGGAGAUUCCGGAGUGUAUGGGUGCGGUGUGUGCGGCGGUGUAUUUGUUGGCGAUUAUUGUGUUUAUUCCGUUUGUGUUUUAUAAGGAUGUUGUGGCGGCUACGAGUGGGGGGGGGAAUCGGGAUGUGGUGGUUAGUGCGGUGAGGACGGCGGGGGGGAUGGGGGAUGGGAUUGGGCAGGAGGUGCAGGGACGGUUUUUGCAUCGGUUUCCGCAUAGCAAGCUUUCAUCGUACCUCUCAGCCAUCGUCUCACUCCAAACAGUCGCCUCACUAGGCCUAGCCGACGACCUCUUCGACAUCCGCUGGCGGCACAAAUUCUUCAUCCCCGCCUUCGCCGCCAUCCCCCUGCUCGUCGUCUACCGCGUAGACUUUGGCGUGACCUCGAUCGUCGUCCCGCUGCAGCUCCAGCCCUUCCUGGGCCCGCUCAUCGACCUCGGCGGGCUGUACUACGUCUACAUGGCGGCCGUGGCCAUCUUCUCGCCCAACAGCAUCAACAUCCUGGCUGGCAUCAACGGCAUCGAGGUGAGCCAGUCGCUGGUGAUUGCCGCGCUGCUGGCGGUCAACGACGCGUUGUACCUGUUGUUCUCGCCGACUUCGGCAUCGGGGUACCCGCACCCGCACCCGGCGACGGACUCCCAUUUGUUUUCGCUGUCGUUCCUGCUGCCGUUUCUGGCUGUCUCGCUCGCGCUGCUCUGCCACAACCGCUACCCGGCCCGUGUUUUCGUCGGCGACACGUACUGCUACUUUGCGGGCAUGGUUUUCGUGGUGGUCAGCAUCCUCGGCCACUUCAGCAAGACCCUUCUACUACUGCUGCUACCGCAGGCGUUCAACUUCCUCUACUCGACCCCGCAGCUGUUUGGGCUGAUCCCCUGUCCGCGGCACCGUCUGCCGCGGUUCAACGCCCGCACGGGGCUGCUGGAGCCGAGCAUGACGGUGUGGAGCGAGGCGCGGCAGCCGCGGGCGCUGGUGGCGUGGGGGUUGAAGGUGUUGGGGUGGGUUGGGUUGUUGAAGGUGGUGGUGGAGGAGACGGAGGAAAGGGGGGAAAGGUUUGUGGAGACGAGUAAUUUGACGGUGUUGAAUUUGUGGUUGGUUUGGAGGGGGCCGUUGAGGGAGGAUCGGUUGAUGGUGGAGAUUACGGCUGCGCAGGCGGUGGUGGGGGCGUUGGGGUUGUUUGUGAGGCAUUCCAUGGCGGGGUUGGUGUUUAGGGAGGAUAAUUGGGCUCUUAUCGCCCCACCUGCCGAAGCACGAGGGCCUAGAACACAACACCACACCUCCCCAUCGACAAGCUUGUAUGUACAUACCGUACGUACCUCACCCUCAACAAAUACAACCACCAUGUCCAAAGCGGCCACAUUCCUGGUCGACCCGCCGGCCGCCGACGACCGUCCCAGCUUCGACACCAUCCACAAGCACGGCCACCAGGACCUGGUGCAGGCCGUCGCAUUCAAUGGCCACGGCGAUCGGUGCGCGACGGGAUCUGUCGAUGGCAAGAUUCGAGUCUUUAAUCGGCAUAAGGAUGGUUCCUGGCGCUUGUGCGAUACUUGGGGGGCGCAUGCGAGUGAGAUUCUAGAGGUGGGUUUGAUUGAGUUUUACUUGCGGAGGAUCGGAUUGGGUUCAAUUGGGAUUGCUUUCUUUCUCCUAUCGAUUCAAUGCAUUGGGUUGCUCCAAUGGCUCCCGACAACCAUAUAUCCCAACCUCCUCGCCUCCCUCGGCAUCGAAGGCCGCUUCAAGCUCUGGGCCGAAGACCCCUCCGCCGCGCCCGGCCGCCGCUUCUCCGAAUCAACCCGCAACGGGCCCCUCAUCACCAUCCCCUCGCGAUCUCCCCACCUCCACGCCAACGGCACUUCCACACCGGGCGCCGGCGCCGGCGCCGGCGCCAGUGCAUCCAACCUCGGCCUCGGCAGCUCAGCACCACCGGUCAUCCACGCCACCGGAACUACCCCAGCCAUCGGCUACGCAGACACCACAAUCAUCAACACACCCUCCGCGACAACCGCACCCUCCGCGAAACCCGCCUUCGAGACCCGCAACGCACGAUCCCCUUACCGCUCCUUCUCCCUCAAACACCUCGACGACUCCCGCAUAACGUACUUAGCUCUUCUCUCCGCUGACGGCGGCCUGACGGUCUACGAGAACGACCGUGUCGAGAACCUGGCUGCCUUCACACUCCUCGACGAACUGUCCACCACGGAGGAUAACACAACUACCGCCACACCCGCAGGCACAGACGACACAAGGGGUGGUGGUGCCGCAACAGUAGGAGGCGGAGCAGGCGGAACAACAGGCAGCGCCGGCGCGGGCACCGGACCGGGCCGCCGCCCGCCCGCAACACGCGGCGAAGAGACCAGUUUCCGCGUGCGCUUCGACCCUAACCCCGAAGUCUGCUACACCGCGCUGCGCGCCGGUGUCCCCUCCGAUGCGCUGGGCCUGGUGGUCGCGGCCAUGGACCGGGUACGCGUGUACCGGACGCGCGAUACGGUGCGCACCGCCCUGGGCGUGGCGGCGGCGUGGAAGGGGUUUUACCUGGCGGCGGAGGUGCGGGCGGGGUUGCAUCGCGGUUUGGUAAGGGAUGUGGCGUGGGCGCCGGGGAAUAUUCGCGGGUAUGAUGUUGUUGCGACGGCGUGUCAGGAUGGGUUUGUGAGGGUUUUUAGGUUGGAUGUGGUGCUUCCUGAGCAGGAGGGGGGGGGACAGGAUUAUGAAGAGGAUGAGGAGGGGGAUGAGGAGGAUGAGGAUGAAGACGGGGAGUUGGAGAAUGGGGAUGGUAUAUCCAAGGCCGGUGGUGGUAACAGAAGUCGUACCCGUAAACCUGGACCAUGGUCCGCAGCACGAAUCAAAAAACACGGCGCACCACGACGGACACUACCCACAGGCACCACCGACUCAGCAGACGACGCCACUACCACCACCACCGCCGCAGCCAACUCAUCCUCCGGCAUCCGCGCCGGCCUCGAUCAGACCCGAGGAGGAGGAGGAGGAGCCGGAGCCGGAGCCGGAACAAACCCCACCAAUCCAACCGACCGAACAACAACAAGAACAACAACAACAACAACAAGAAAACCACGACAACCGUCCCUCCUCCCCGGCCAAGUCCGACACACCAUCACGGAGAUCUCGAAACUCGACUGCCAUCGCACGCCGGUAUGGCGUGUCGGGUUUGAUGAUGACGGGCAGAUCUUGGGGAGUGUGGGGGAUGAGGGGAAGUUGAUUUGUUAUCGCCAGAAGCCGGAUGGGGCGUGGGCGAAGAGCACGGAGAUGGCGAUGGUUAGGAUGAAGAUGGCUGAGCCUUAG